CUAACCAUAAACUAUUGUUUUGUUCUCGGACACCGUUGAAAAUUCUGAAAUACUGCAUUUUUGUUGUUUAUUUUUAAAACGUCGAUAAUCUUAAAUGAUAACCCGUGCCAAGCAACUCGAGACGAGGGCGUCCAAAAAAUAGUUGUCACAUGCUUCUUGCUCUACAAGCCUAAGCAAUGAAUCCAUUCAACUGGAACAAUGGUUUGCAUACUUUAGAGCUACAGGGACAUCAGGAAGCAAAGGAUGGUGACACUAAUAACAGCAUGGUGAGUGCCUUAAAGGCCCAAAAUGGUGGGGACACGUACUGUGAAUAUUCUAGAUACCAAGUGGACCUACCACACUGCAGCACAGAACUCAAAGCAAGCUGGAAGGGAACUAGUCCCCCCAUCCAGGAUCAGAGAGUGGAGGACCCCGAUGGAGAACCCCUGGGGCAAGAGGAAUUAAUCAAUAUAGAGCUGGAAAGGAAAUUGAGAGAACUUAAAGAGAUACAGCAGAAAAUACUAUUCAAGAAGGCUGCCCUGGCUUUGAGACAUGUUGGUCUGAGCCAUUCUUCUACGGCACCACCAUCAGGCAAAGGAGAAACUCUUCAAGAAAGGGUCAACUGCAUUUUGCAUCAGCGGAGUUUACUGGGAUUGAUGCCAAAGCGUUGGUCGCCUGAAAAGAGAAAUAAAUCCUUCCAGCAGCAAGAUCAUCCUCUGAAACUGAGAGUCAAGGCAUUAAUGGAGCAGAGGUCUCGUGCCCUCAAUCACUUACCAGCAAACACAAAGGUAUCUAACAUGUCUCGAAACGAACUGCCAUCAGAUACAAUUGGAAAUGUUACUCCAUCAGCCAAAAAUGAGGACACCAACAACAUAGGUUUCCAACGCUUUGUCAAUAUUCUGAACAAAGGUGUAGACAUUGACCUGCUGAGCAGAAUUGUGAAUGACGACUGUGAGGAUUUACCUGUUGGUAAGGAUUUGACCAUUCAUUCCCCUUCUGUGGAGGAAGGCAAUUUAACCCCAAGGCAGAUUUACAGCGAAGACUGUGGUUCAGGCUGCACUCAGCGUAUCAGUGAACAAGAGAACAGUGACACCAACAAGAGACCCCCAGUACCUGGAGGUAAGGAGGAGAAAGAGAGAAAGGACCGGGGGUGCAGCUCUUUUGGUUCGAGGAGUCAAUCAAAUUCACCUUCAGUGUCCAAAAAGAAGAAAACAGAAGAUGACAAACAUGAUCAGCUGCAGAGCAUUCUCAAAACACUGGGCUUGAACUUGGAAGGAGCGGAGUUGAUUAAAGUCGAUGGCCGGAUUCAGGAGAGGCUUUAUGGAAGGAAGUGUGACGAUGGAGAGGUUGACAUGAGACAGGAGAAGACCCAUUUGCAGAGAGGGUUCCGCAGAGGUUACAAGAGCUCCUCGUCGUCAUCUUCUUCGUCUUCCCGCUCAUCGCCUUCCCUUUCUCCCUCGAAUUCAGUCUCCCUGAGUCCCUCUCCCUCACACAGCAGAGACUCAAAAAAUGCUGAACACAGCAGCUCACAGGAAGCCAACCAGAAGACGGAAGACUUAUGGGAGUCCGAAGACAAGAAUAGUCAUUAUAACCAAUACCCACAAAGUGUAACAAAUUUGCAUCUUCCUUUUCAUCUUUCUCCCCACACAUUUCCUCUAUCUCCCGUUCUUCCUUCUCUGUCUACUCCUUCUUACCCCGCAUAUUCAAAUUAUAGUUGGCCCUCGUACUCAGAGAACACUUCCAAUCCAAAUGUUACUCCAAGUUCAUACACCAUAUUCCCACAGACCAUUUCUCCAUUCCUAAGUCGGAACAGUUACCCAUAUCCAACCGGAGAAGAGAAUUUAUUCCCCCGACCCGCUCCUACUCCUACUGACAUACAAGUGCUAUGGAAUCCAGACUUGUCCACAAGCGAAGGCCAGGGCGGGUCGUCCAGUCAGUGGUUGCAGUGACUGGUUGCAGGAAAUUACAACCAAGCGGCCGACAGACAACCAAACCUGCUUGAAGCUCUUGUCGCCUGGAAAAAACAAGAGGUCUGACAUUGAGGGGAAUCUAGAGUGCCGUGAACAGUUAAGACAGAAGUGGAAAGAGAAGGAGAUGAACAAGAAGACGUAUUGUUGUGAACAACUACCACAGGAUGUAUCAAAAAGUGCUUCACAGGAUGUGAAAUAUGACGAGGAGGAGGUGCAGCAGGCACAGGAAGGGAAAAGACUUGUGACAGAGGAGGAAAUCGAGAUGAACUUAAGGAAAAAGCUUGAAACAUUUAACCGGAAGGCAAAGCAACAACUUUUACAGCCAACCUGGCCCUGACCACUAAUACCCAGUAAGUUAACUGUAUUAUUCUGUUUACAUUUUGUUUACAGUUGGCUUUUGCUUAUCAUGCUACCAGGCAAAAUGCCACAAGAAACGUUGUGAGAAAAGAGUCCCAUAUGUCAUUUCUUUGAAUUUGUCAAAAAUAAAGAAAAAAAAACAACC